AUGAAUAUCGCACGCCCUGUGUCAUCUGAGAUCACGAGGAUUGAGUUCAGCUUCUUGUCGACGCAGGAGGUUGAGCAGCUUUCCGUGAAGCAAAUCACAAACCCCGUCCUCCUCGAUAACCUCGGUCACCCUACCCGUGGUGGUCUUUACGACCUCGCACUCGGUCCUUUCUUGCGCGGUACUGUCUGUGCGACAUGUUCCCUUGACGAGCGGUACUGUCCUGGUCACUUUGGUCAUAUUUCGUUGCCGGUACCUGUGUACCACCCCCUCUACUUCACCCAAAUGUACAACCUUCUGAGAUCGAUUUGUCUGUAUUGUCACCACUUCCGAUUGGCGAAGACCGAGGUACAUCGGUACGCAUGUAAGCUCAGGCUUAUUGAUGCUGGGUUGUUGAUCGAGGCCGAGGACCUUGAUUUGCUGCAAGCUAAGGUUAAGAAGGGAGGCAAGAAGGCUGAGAGCAAGGAGGAGGAGGACGAUGAGGAGACCGAUGAUGAUGAUGCGGAUUCAUUCAUGGAGCGUCGGGAUAAGUACGUUAGAGAUUGCCUCCGCCGUGCUGCUCGGCGACGCCUGAUUUUGGAGUUCUUGAAGAAGCUCGGAUCCCGUAAGAAGUGUGACAACUGUCAGGCGAUUUCUCCUUCGUACCGCAAGGAUGGGUAUGCGAAGAUCUUCGAGAUGCCUCUGAACAAGAAGGCGGCUCUCUACAUGCAGCAAGCCGGUAUCCGCCGUGUCAACGUCUUGAACUCCUCGAAGGCAAAGGGCGCUACUAGGGAUGCGGAUGCCAUGGAUGUGGAUGAGGAGGAUAAUGGUAUCUCCACCAUGUCUGACGACGAGAACGAGGUUGACAUCGAGGAAUCCGACUUGAAGUCCUCCGGAGCAUCUGGCAAGUACGUUCCAUGUGCCGAGAUCCGCAACCAUCUCCGCCUCCUCUUCAUCAACGAGCGUCAAAUGUGCAGCCUUCUGUAUCGUGCUCGCGGCAAGGAUGGAUCCGGCGCCGACCAGUUCUUUAUGCACGUGCUUGCUGUUCCUCCCACCAAGUUCCGUCCUCCAUCAAAAAUGGGUGACGCUGUUCACGAAAACAUUCAAAAUGAGCUCUUGACCAAGGUCCUUCAGUCUUGUCAGAUGAUUCGUGAUCUGAAUGACCAGAUCCAGAAGUCUCAGGACCCUGAGGCUGAUGAGGAUGCGAAGAGCUUGGGCAAGGUGUCUUUCGAGAGAUUGAUCAACGCCUUCGUACAAGUUCAGCAUGAUGUCAACUCCUUCAUCGACUCUACCCGCAACCCAACUACCUUGCCUCAAGGAAAGCUACCACCACCGGGUAUCAAGCAAGUUCUUGAGAAGAAGGAGGGUCUUUUCCGUAAGCACAUGAUGGGUAAGCGUGUCAACUACGCUGCUCGUUCCGUCAUUUCUCCAGAUCCCAACAUCGAGACUUCUGAGAUUGGUGUACCACCGGUUUUCGCUACCAAGCUUACAUACCCCGAACCUGUGACACCCUUCAACGUCCAGGAGUUGAGACGUGCAGUGAUCAACGGACCUUCAGUUUGGCCUGGUGCCACUCACAUUCAGAACGAGGAUGGUCGUCUUGUCAGUUUGGCAACCAUGUCCGUCGAGCAGAGAACCGCUUUGGCGAACCAGCUCUUGACCCCUCAGGAUUCUCGUGUUUCUGGCUUCGCCAACUCCCGAGUGAUGUCCACUAACAAGAAGGUCUACCGCCACUUGAAGGAUCAGGAUGUUCUCUUGCUCAACCGUCAACCUACUCUCCACAAGCCCUCUAUCAUGGCUCACCGUGCUCGUGUGUUGCCUGGAGAGAAGACCAUUCGCAUGCACUACGCCAACUGUAACACAUACAACGCCGAUUUCGAUGGCGACGAGAUGAACAUGCACUUGCCGCAAAACGAGAUCGCUCGUGCUGAGGCUAUGAUGAUCGCCAACACUGACUCUCAGUACCUCGUACCCACUUCCGGUGACCCAUUGCGUGGUCUUAUCCAGGAUCAUGUUGUUAUGGGUGUUUGGAUGUGUAACAAGGAUACUUGGUACACUCGUGAAGAGUACCAGCAGCUUUUGUACGGAUCCUUGAAGCCGGAAGACUCGACCGCCAAUGAGGGCAGAAUUCUUACCCUUCCUCCCGCUAUCAUGAAGCCCAAGCCCAUGUGGAGUGGAAAGCAGAUUUUGUCAACUGUCUUGCUGAACUUGAAGCCCUCGGACCGUCCCGGACUGAACUUGCGUGCCAAGGCUAAGGUUGCCGGAAAGUUCUGGAGUCCCAAAUCUGAGGAAGGUGUGGUCAUCUUCCACGAUGGUUACCUCUGCCAGGGUGUUCUCGACAAGGCUGCUUUCGGUGCAAGUGCUUACGGUCUUGUUCACUCUGUCUACGAGAUUUAUGGUGCUACUAUCGCGGGUAAGUUGCUCAGUGUUCUCGGUCGUCUUUUCACAAAGUACACACAGUCGCGCGGAUUUACCUGCCGAAUGGAUGACUUGCGUUUGAACCCGGAGGGUGACAGGUGGAGGAACGACUUGAAGAAGGCGGGUGCGAACUUCGGUACUGAUGCUGCUCGCGAGUACGUUGGUCUUUCCAAGGAGUCUGAUGGUUCUAAGCGUGAUGCUGCAGAGCUUAAGAAGCGUAUGGAGGAGGUUCUCCGUGAUGAUGAGAAGCUUGCCGGUCUCGACUCUGCCAUGAAGGGUAAGAUGAACGGAUUGACUUCGUCUAUCAUCAACAAGUGUAUCCCUGAUGGUCUGUUGAAGAAGUUCCCUCAUAACCACAUGCAGACCAUGACUGUUUCUGGUGCUAAGGGUUCCAAUGUCAACGUGUCUCAGAUCUCUUGCUUGCUUGGUCAGCAGGAGCUUGAGGGUCGGCGUGUGCCAAUCAUGGUGUCCGGAAAGUCCUUACCUUCGUUCAAGGCGUUUGACACCAACGCUCGUGCUGGUGGUUUCAUCGCUCAGCGUUUCUUGACUGGUAUUCGUCCUCAGGAGUACUACUUCCAUUGUAUGGCUGGUCGUGAAGGUCUUAUUGACACUGCUGUCAAGACCUCUCGUUCCGGUUACUUGCAGCGUUGUUUGAUCAAGCAUUUGGAAGGUAUCCGUGUGCACUACGAUCACACUGUUCGUGACAGUGACGGUUCUUUGAUUCAGUUCCACUACGGAGAGGAUUCCCUUGACGUCACCAAGUCCAAGCACUUGAUGGAGUUCGAGUUCUCUGCUCGCAACUACAAGUCUUUGAUUCAGAAGUACAAUGUCGCCAGCUCAUUGUCCGCUCUCGACUCUCAAACUGCUAUCGAUUACGCCAAGAAGGCAUUGAAGAAGCCUGCGAAGUACGAUCCUGUCUUGUCUAAGUACGACCCCAGCAGGUACCUCGGUGCCAUGUCUGAGGCUUUCCAGACUGCUUCCGAGGAGUACGUUGAGAAGAACCCUCAUGCGCUUAUCCAGGCAAAGGGCAAGGAGUCGAAGCUCGCUACUGCAGCUGCUGUCCUCGACAAGAAGAAGUUCCGUGCGCUUAUGCAACUCAAGUACAUCAACUCCCUUGUCCACCCAGGAGAGGCCGUCGGUAUUCUUGCGUCGCAGUCUGUCGGUGAGCCUUCUACUCAGAUGACGUUGAACACUUUCCACUUUGCUGGAUUCGGUGCCAAGAACGUUACUCUUGGUAUUCCCCGUCUUCGUGAAAUUGUCAUGACUGCUUCCGCCGAGAUUAAGACUCCUACCAUGACUCUUGCUAUCAAGGAUGAGGUCACUGAUGAGCACGCUGAGAAGUUUGCUAAGAGCGUCUCCAAGCUUAUUCUUUCCCAAGCCGUUGACAAGGUCUCUGUUACCGAGCGCAUCACUGGCCAGAAGGGCAACGAGUCUCGUCAAAAGAUCUACAGCAUCCGCCUUCAGUUCUACUCAAAGUCUCAGUACCAGGAGGAGUACAACAUCACUCAGGAGGAUCUCGAGCGUUGCAUGACGAGCGCUUUCAUUCGCAAGCUUGACAUUGCCAUCCGCAAGGAGACUAAGAAGGGUUCCAGGAAGUCAAAGGACAUCGGUGCCGACGAUGCUCUUCCCGAGAUUGGUAAGGCCUCGCGUGCGGCUGCUGCCACUGCUGAAGUUGAUGAGACUGCCAACGUUAAUGAUGAUGCUGAGUCCGACAAUGGUGAUGGUGAUGCCACCAACGCCAAGUACGCCUCCCGCGAGAAGGGCCAGGCUUCCUACGAAGCGCCCGAUGAUGACGACAAGGAGAUCAUCAGGAAACAGGGUCGUGCAGAUGAGGACGAAGAUGAUGAGGAGGAUGUUGGUCGCACUGAGCCUGCGGACGAUGACGAUGAGAUGCUCAGCGAUGAGGAUGAGGAGGAGUACGAGAAGCGACAACUCGCCAAGAAGCAGGCUAGCAAGUCGUCGGCAACCAGGAUCGCCGAGCGCCGCGAGAAGGUCAAGGACUUGUUCCAGAACGUCUCUGAUUUCUCUUUCGAUGACGUUAACGGUGAAUGGUGUGAGGUUGAGUUGACCUACCCGUCCGACUCCCGUAAGCUCUUGAUGGUCAACAUUGUCGAGCAGGUCUGCACGCAGACUAUCAUGCACGAGUUGAAGGGUAUCGACCGAUGCUUCAGGCUCCCCAACGAGUCCGAGAUGGACACUUCUCGCAACUUGGCGACUGAAGGUAUCAACUUCAAGGGCAUGUGGGAGUACCAGGACAUCAUUGACAAGGACACCAUGUACUCCAACGAUAUCGCUGCCAUCCUUCGGACGUACGGUGUCGAGGCUGCUCGUAGUGCCAUCGUUCGUGAGGUGUCUGGUGUCUUCGGUGUCUACGGUAUCGGUGUCGACACCCGUCACUUGUCUCUCAUUGCCGACUACAUGACCUUCGAGGGUGGAUACCGCGCUUUUAACCGUAUGGGUAUCGAGUCCAGCUCUUCACCAUUCCUGAAGAUGUCUUAUGAGACUACUUGUCACUUCUUGACGCAGGCGUCGCUCUACAAGGAUUACGAAACUCUGGAGUCUCCCUCGGCAUCGGUUGUUCUUGGUAAGAUUGCGGGUGUGGGUACUGGUGCAUUUGACGUGCGUGUGGCUUUGUGA